CUCUACGAACACAUCCUCUGCGACUUGUCUAGCUUCCGUAAACUCUUUUUCUCCGCAUAUACCAGGCUAGAUCAUCAUUAUUCUGACUCUGAAACCAACGGAAUUCUACGCGAUCAGACAAUAAGACUAUCUCGUGCAUACGACUUCGACGUUCAAACGAACAUGAGCACUAGCGGCGCGCAGACAGUGCAGACCCUGCCCUUAGAGCGAGCGACGGUCGUCACAGCUGAGGUGGACCCCGUUGAAGUUGCUCCGGAAGCCGAGCGAUGGAUCCACCUGCAAUUCAGUUGGACGGGGAAACCCUUCACCUUGGACAUUGCUGAAUCGGAUCGCGUGUAUGACCUCAAGGCAUCUCUUAUGAGUCUCACAAAUGUUCCUCCCGAACGGCAGAAGAUCCUAGGUUUGGUGAAGGGGAAGCUUCCUACCGACGAUGAGCGAAUCGGAGACCUGAAACUGCUGAGUGGCAAGAAGUUCACGCUUGUAGGCACACCAGAAGGGCACGAGAUCAAAGACCCCAAUGAGCUCGAAUUCCUGCCCGACGUCAUCAACGACCUCGACGUGGACUUCACCGCGGACCCCGCUGCUGCAGCGGAAUACAUCAACGACCAGCGCAACAAACGCCGGGUGGAGCAGCAUACAAAGAAGCUAGUCCCGAACCUCAUCAACCCCCUCCGCGAAGGAAAGCGGCUGCUCGUGCUGGACAUAGACUACACUAUCCUCGAUACGAAACCGCUCACCUCCGGCGCGUUGCCCCCGAAUGAAUGCGCGCGCCCUGGUCUGCACGAGUUUUUGGAAGCGGUAUACCCUCACUAUGACAUCUGUAUCUGGUCUCAGACGAGCUGGAUUUGGUUGGAAACAAAACUGGUUGAGCUCGGCAUGCUGGGCGGCAUUAGGAAUUACAGGAUCGCGUUCGUCUUGGACAAGACAUGUAUGUUCACGGUGUUCUCGAAGAAGGAUGGUCAACCAUACAAGCAUUCCGUCAAAGCGCUCCAAAUUAUCUGGAAUCACUAUCCACAGUACGGCCCUGCGAAUACCAUACAUAUUGACGACCUAGGAAGAAACUUCGCGCUCAACCCGGGAGAAGGCCUGAAGAUAUCCGCGUUCAAGCACGCACAUACCCCAGCGGCCAUGGAGGAUAAGGAGCUCCCCAAGCUCACCCGGUACCUUCUACAUCUAGCAGAGACUUGCCCAGAUUUCCGCAAGGCGAAACAUUCUAAAUGGAAAGAAGUCCUGAAGUCUUUGCCCUCACAGUUUUUUGAAUGACCUCUCGUCCCGCGGAUCCUGGACUCCACUCGGUUGCUCAUAGCUCGCCCGGACCCGGCACAUACAGACUGACGCACCCACACACACGCAUGUCCCUGGGCUUC